AUGUUAUCAAAUUGUGGGAAACGUAAAACGGAGUUUUAUGACAAUGGUUCCCAACAGCAAUUCACUGGGAAAGUACAAUUUUUGAAAGCUGAUUAUGGUUACAUACGCUCUCGGUCUAAAAUUAAUGGAAUACGCGAUAUCACUUUCAACUAUAUGGAUGUUGAUCCGUCGCUCAACAGAAGUUUACAGGUCGGUGAUUUGGUGUUUUUUCGAGUGGUGAUAUUCCCUUCUGGAAAAUUUUGUGCUGUUGAUAUCAGGAUGGAUCCUUCUACCCAUGGUUGCACUUCAGUAACAAGGUCUGCUUCUCCGGUUGCAUCCCUUUCAUCAUUGGAAAGCUGUUCCGAUGAUAGUUCUUCCACCUCAGCCUUUGAUUACCCCAUCUGUCCGGCGUUUGAAAUGGUUUCUUACAGUGAAAAACCCGAGACGGACAGUUUAUCUUCUAAGGUUGACAGUUUUCUUCAAAGAGUGAUAUCGCGCAAUUUCGAUUCGGGCUAUUCGUCCUGCUGGUUAGAGUAUUAAAAUGUUAAUCCCCUCCAUAUGGGUGU